UCCUACAACCUUUUUUAUUUAUCAUUAUUGUUAUUAUUUGCUUGUUUGUCUCUUUGGUUUCUGUAGUAAGGUAGCAGCAUGCAGUCAUGGGCUUUUCGCCCUUUUCUGUUCUUCUUCUUCUUCCUCUAUUAAUUCCCGCAGCUCACUAUAAUUCUACUCAAAUCCAUUCUCCUGCUAUUAUCACUUUGUAUCAUUAAUAGACUCAACCUAGCUAAUACGUUAUAUUGAUAUAGUUUCUUUUAAUUUUCAUCUCUUCUUUGGGGCGCUUGAUUUGCUUGCUUAAUUGCACUAGUUAACGCCUUUGAAUAAGAUCAAUCAAUAUUUUGCACCUGCAUUUGGUUUUGGAUUAUCUCGUUAUUUCCCAUUAAUCUAGAGAAAUGUCGAAAGGUGUCACCAAUCCCAGUUUCUAUGAAUUCGCAGAGCAACAGUUUAUCUCCAGCUUUAAUCUUGCCCAGGCCCAUGCUGAGGCCGAGGCUGAAGCUCAAGCUCAAGCUCAGGCACAGGCUCAGGCUCAGGCUCAAGCUCUGGCUCGAUACAACAAUGCCCUUGAUGAAGCCAUCUAUGGGUCCGAUGAAUUCCGCAUGUACGCUUACAAGAUCAAACGCUGCACCAGGAUGCGCAGCCACGAUUGGACGGAGUGCCCCUACGCCCACCGUGGUGAGAAGGCUCAACGCCGGGACCCUCGCAAGUUCCCCUACACCGCCAUUGCCUGCCCUGCCUUCCGCAACGGGAAAUGCCAAAAGGGCGACGCCUGCGAGUUCGCUCACGGCGUAUUCGAGUACUGGCUGCACCCCGUCAAGUACCGCACGCGUGCAUGCAAUGCUGGCAUGUUCUGCCAACGUAAGGUUUGUUUCUUUGCCCACACACCAGACCAGCUGAGGUCCGACUCCAAAUUCAGCGGCCCUUUUGCACACAAGGGGAGGAUGGUGAUGAAAAGGGGAGGAGAUCAUCAGCUGAUGAUGAUGAUGGGGUCUCCAUCAGGUGGUGUAGAAGGUUCCACGUCAAUGCAGGCACAAUAUGUGGAGCCAUCACCACCACCACCGCCGCCGCCACAUCAACUGGAAGGGGUUUCGACUUUGCUCAAGAGUUUGAGGGUAUUGAAGAUGAGGGAAGAUGAGGAAAGGGAGCUGAAUAAUAAGAAAAAUAAGAACAAUAGUAUUAAGGAUGAGGAUGAGGAUGAGGAUGGGGACGGGGACGGGGUUGAGAUGGCGGAUAUGGAUUUGCCACAUCUUGACUGGAUUACAGAGUUAGUGAAAUAAAUAGCAUGCAGUGUAAGAUCACUGAAAAUAGUAAAAAUCGAGAGUAAAUCAAGGGUGGGUUUAAUUAAUGUAAUGUGCCGUUUGAUGUAAAGAUUGUUUAAUGUUUAUGUAAUGUUUGUGCUUCGAGUUUCCUGUGUUCAAA